AGAAAGUAUGGAAGUUUGGAUUUGAGUCCAGGUACCCGCGCUUGUUGCAGCCCUCGUGCCGGCCUGCCCUGCUGCGCGUGUUUGAGCGGUGCGGCCGCAGCUGGCGGCGUACUGCGAGGUUCCGCGCCUCGGCUGGCCACCACCUGCGCAUGGCCCUAGCCAAGAUGGCCGACAGAUGCUACUCAGUCCACUGCCUGCCGGACCCCGCCAUGGAAGAGUUCCGCAAGCUGGUGCCCGUCCAUGGUACCCUGUUUAAUCGGGAUGCCCUCCUGGAGGUCAUCUAUCCCCGCCAACACUGUCCGGAUGAUGACCUGUCUCUGCGCUACUAUGCGCGGAUGCUGUUCCGCGAGAUCCAGCGAGACGUCGUGCUGCUGCCCAUGUUCCGGGAGUACAUGCAGCGCCCAGCGCAGCAUGUGAACGUGCCCGAAGCGUUUUAUCUGAUGAGCCUCUGGAUGGUUCCGGAGCAAACCAACAACCGAGAGUCCAGUCUUAAGGCCUGCUACAUGAAGGUCGCCGGCCUGGUUUUGGACGAGCUUCGUCGGAAGCUCCCGGAGCACCCGGCCGCCGCCUGGGAUACGUGCAAAAAGAACCCGUUCGGACCUUCGCUGUGGACGGACGACCAGACACUGAUGCUCCUGGACGUGCUGAACAUUGUACUGUAUGACCAGCUUGCCCUGAUGAAGGAUGAAGAGCCGGCGUACGCACCGGCUGCCGAGCUGAACACACUGGUGAGUGUACUGCAUUAAAUAUUCAUCAAUGUUUCCUGGACGUUGGAGUAGGUGAAAUCACACACAGGACAAGCGCAGACUUCUCUUUCUGACCUGUUUUGCCUGAUGGUGUUUUCCGUGCGGGGCUGUGAACUGCGAAGCAUACUGUGGAUCAUGCGUUUUCGCCCGUUCGUCGUAAGGUUCAUUAUGCGCCUCCUGUCAGAUGGCUUAACACCGAACACCCUGUUGCGAUGUCUGCACAGUCUAGAAUCCAGAGUCUCCGUGAAAAUUGCUGACUUUGACGACUGACCAUGGUAGUCAUGAUAAAAUGCUCGUCAAUGAGGUCGUUACUAAUAGGCGAUGUUUGAUUUCAGCAAGUGUGAUCUCCGUUUUGUAGUAUAUUACUCGCUCUAUGACUGAAUGGUGUGAUGGGCCGUUUG